UAAUUGUUAAAAUCGAAAGAAUGGAGGCAUUAAUGUGAGGUGAGGCGGUGAGUUGAAAAAAGCAAGAAGUGUAAAAAAAAGUUACGCAAGGGGGAAAAAAGAGAAGCUGAUUUUCUCUUUAUCUUCUCGCCGUUCGUUUGUCUGAGUCAUUGAGUGGUAGAGAAAGGCCACGCCGUUCUCAGAGAAGAACGAGAUGGUUGAUGCAUUGAAAGAGGCGGCGCCGGCGCCGGCGCCGGCUGGGAAAGCCUUCUUCGACGACGAACUUGUUCUUCUCGACUUCAACGCCGCCGCUGCCGCGGGGGAGUUGCAGCCGCAGGCGUUACUUUUUCAGGAUUUCUUCGACCCGUCUGUCGAUGGCCUUCCGGGGCUUCCGGUGGAGAGCGGAGGCGGCGGAGGAGACGAGGAAGAAGAGGAGCUCGAGUGGCUGGCGAACAAGGACGCGUUUCCGUCGCUGGAGACUUCGUUUGAGAUUCCUGCACACUCACUCAGCGGCAGCAGCGGCGGAUGUAGCGGCGGUGGCGCCGCCGAGGCCGCUAGGGAGGGGCCGAGCCCUGUUUCCGUCCUGGCGUCUGCCGCAUCCUUCUCCGCGCCGGCGCGGCCGAGGAGCAAAGGACGGACGCAGCGCCGGAGGCUGCUGACGGCUAUCCCGCCUCAGCCAGACACGGCUACGGCGACGAAGGCCAGGACCGCGGAGCGGCGGCGCUGUAGGCACUGCCUGGCGGAGCAGACGCCGCAGUGGCGAAUAGGGCCGGAGGGGCCGAAGACGCUGUGCAACGCCUGCGGCGUCCGGUACAAGUCCGAUCGCCUCGUACCCGAAUACCGUCCGGCGAGAAGCCCCACCUUCUCCGCCGCCAUCCACUCCAACUCUCACCGCCAGAUCCUGGAAAUGCGCCGCCAGAAAGAAGCUCCCCACGAGCGGAAAAACACAAGACCGCUACCGCCGCUGCAGCUUGUCACUCCACCGGUCAAGUUAAUCUCAAAGAAAAUUAAAAAAUAAUCUUUGUCUACCUUUUUUUAUUAAAUUUAGGAUCUCUUUUUUCCCUCUGCCCGAAAACGUAGAGUCUCAAAUUUUAUGUGCAGGGAGAAAUUUAUUUGCUUAAAGUAAUUGUAGUUCUAUUUGUUCAUUCAUCUUAAUGAAUCAUUUAGACAGUUUGAUGUAUAAAAGAUGAUUCACUCACUUUCAACA